AUGGCGAAAGAGUUUUUGAUCGCAAAGUUUGAUGAAAAUGAGAAAAAUCGUCAAUGGAACGCAAUAUUUCAGAGCAUUGAGAAUCUUUCCACCAAACAGGAACGUGUGCUGAAACUGUCAACGAGAAUAGCACAUUCUUGGCAAAAUGCGGAUAAAAACCGUUACAGAAAUGUUUCGGCAUAUGAUUGCAGUCGUGUGGUACUUAAAAAAAUCUCAGAUGAACAGUCAGACUAUAUUAAUGCUUCACCACUUUCAUUACCGUCAGCAAAGCGUAAUUACAUUCUCACUCAGGGCCCAUUACCUUCUACGUGCAGUGAUUUCUGGCAGAUGGUUUGGGAACAAGGAUGUACGUUGAUCGUGAUGUUGAACAAAGUGGUUGAGAAAAAUCUUGUGAAAUGUCAUGAGUAUUUUGCUACUAAUGAACAACCAGCACGAGUGUUUGGCUCAUUUGAAGUUCGUUUGAAAGAGGAAGAACGAUAUGAACACUAUAUUAUACGAACAUUGGAACUGUCGCGGGUUGCUGAUCACGAUGCAAAUGACAACAGUAAUGAGUCUUCAUCCGUAUCGUCGUCCAACGUUCCAAAUGCGUUCAGCAGUGAGCCGAAACGAACACUUUUACAUUUUCAGUUCAUCAGUUGGCCUGAUUUUGGAGUACCUCAUUGUUCACGUGUAUUCCUGGAUUUUCUGGAUCGUGUUAGGACAACGGGACGUUUAGAGCAACCGUCGCCUGUGGUUGUACAUUGUUCGGCUGGUAUUGGCCGAAGUGGAGCGUUUGUUGUUGUUGAUUCCGUUCUUUCAAUGAUCAACGAGAACGUAACAAGUAUUGAUAUGGAAGAACUGGUUGUGAAGAUGCGAAGGUAUCGUAUGGGAUUAAUACAAACGCCACAACAGUUGCAAUUCUGUUGGCGAACAAUUGCUGAAGCACUCAAACUAGAACGAAGCGAAGCGGUGCGUUCAGGGGAACGAGAAGAGGAAGGGCAAAAAGCGCAAUGCUCGUCGUCAUUGUCGAUAGCCAACGAAACAAACAAGUUCAUCGAUCCACGUCCUACUGGCAUCUUAGCCUCAAGUACCGCCCGUUCGGAUGGAGGACCACCGCAUUUAGAGCGAUCUGCUGCAAAUCAGAUGACUUCAGGUCAACAAGCCAAAUCUUUAAAUGACAUCAUAACUGCCGUUCGUAAGCGUUCAUCUGGUGAGCAGUUCGAAAGUGAAGAGGAUGCUAAGUAUGCGAGACGGUUGGUUUUAUGCUCCUUAUUUUCGUUUUAG